AUGAAUUAUAAUAAAGCUCUUGAUAAUGGAUCUGGGGGGCCUGACGAAAUAUCGGAUCAGCAGAUUAAGGGGUUGAUACAGAAGUUCUAAAGGAAGGGAUUCGACGGGCUGGCUUUGGAAGAGGUCGCCACAGCACUGAUAAUUCCGAAUUUUGGGAAGGUCUUUCAAUAGCACACGGGACUGGAUUGGCAAGGGAAAUUCGAAGUGAAGGCUUUCGAAAGAUUGAACAGAUCAAAGUUCGAUAUAAAUUGGAUGGCGAGGAAAGACAAUUCAGAACACUCAGCUUUGUUUAUCAAUUGUUCGCGCGGUGAUCUGGUGAAAGUGAGAUAGUACUUGAAGGAGUCGAAGGAUCCGCAAAUUAAGCAGUGCGUAGACUAAACAAAAAAAAGCCCUUUGCACGUGGCAACAAUCGAGGGUCAUUUGAGCAUAGUGGAAAUACUAUUGAUGAGUGGUUUCAAUCCAAAUUGUAGGGAUAGGACUCUGAAGACCCCUUUGCAUUACGGGUGUUUGCACGGUCAUGAAACAAUAGUCGAUACAUUGUUGAAGGCAGGAGCAGAUAUAACUGCCAGAGAUUCCCUAGGUCGAUCAUGCAUUCAUUUUGCUGCCUCAUGUCCAAGUGCACAGACAUUGUAACUGGUAUUGGCAACAAAGCCAGAGUUGUCAAACGAUGUUGAUCAGAAGAAGAGAACUCCGUUGCAUUAUUGUGUGUGGAAUUCCUCCCAACACUAGGUGAGUUUAUUAAGGACCCUCCUGGAUUUCAAGGCCAAUCCCAUGGCUUUGGAUGAGGAUUUGAAAACUCCGAUUCAUCAUGCUUCUGAGGGUGGCAAAACGAGAGCAGUCCCAGUUUUAUUAUAGAGAGGAGGACAGGAAAGUAUGUAAUUGAGAGACCGGAGUUAAAAGACGCCAUUGGAGUUGGCUGCCAAUGACAGAACGAGAGAAGUGCUGAUUGUUUACAGUUCUUCACCAAUGAACAAUUAGGAUCAAGAUUUGAAAUUCUUAGAUUAGGCUGUCUAAGGUUAGAAACUAACAAAUUAAAAGAAAGACUAAGCACCAACAUCAUCCAUUGUAGUUGCAAAUAAAUAGCCACAACAAUCUCCUUAAUUUCCAAUUGUUGAGAAGGAGAUUGUCUCUGCUGAGCCUCCUCCUCUGCAAGUGAAGUGGGCUCCUGCUUCAAUUAACUAAUGGAUUAGGGAAAAGUUCUUUACCAUAAUGAAAAAAGUAUAGGAAUCGGGGAUUCGAGCCAAUCAUCAUCUAAAACGACCUUAUGUUUACACAGGAUCUUGGAUGGAGGGGAUCAACACAAUGGAAGAAUUGUAUGGGGCUGUUAAGGAUGUUCCUGCAGGAGAGGCAUGUGUGAGGACGUUUAACAUAUUGUGUCCCUUUGAUAGACAACUCCCUUCAGGUAGUGGUAAUGAGGAUGUCAUAGAUGGAUUUUAUGGGGAAAUGUGGUUUGAUGGCAGUGGAGCUGUGAAGAGGACUGAGUAAAUUGAAGAGAUGAGAAGAAAGAUGCAAUAAGAGUAUCUGGCUAGAAUCACUGAUUUGGAAACCGAAAUUUAAAUUAAGGCUCAACAUCUAUUCGAAACUGAUUAAGACUUAGCAUAGACAAGAGCCUAAUUGGAAGUAACUUAGAGGUAGAACAAAACGAAUAGUGAGAAAUUGUAAGCACAAAUUGAUACACUGAAUAAGUAAUUAAAAAGUAAGGAUGACACCAUAAGUAAGUUGGAUAAGGACAAGUAACAACUGAAUUAGACAAUUAAGAGGUUGGAGUAAGAGAAUGAGGAAUUAAGAAAUUAACCUCAGGGCAUAUCAGAGGAGGAGGUUCAAGAGUAUAUGACUCAAAUAUCGGAGUUAAAAGAAUAAUUAUAGGCCAGCAAGGAUCAAGAGAAAACUCUUAGGGCUAAGGCAGGUUAAUUGUUUUUGAAGAGCCUUUAAACCAUCAAGGCAUCUAAUGACGAGAAAUUGUCAUAAGUGAAGGCGUAGACUUUAGCUUAAAUUCAAUUGGAGAAGGAGAAGAUGCAAUAGGAGAGAUUGAAUGCCAAUAAGUAAUUUGAGUUUGAGAAAAAUUAACUGUUGGAGGAGAAGAACAUUUUAAUGAAGGAGAAAUAGAAGAUUUAAGCUGAGGUGUUACCUACGAAUGCUGCAGGUGGGAUGGAUAAUCUAUAGGAUGACGAUGCCAUUAUUGUGUUAUUGAAAGCAUUGAAAGGUAAUCCGCCACCCAUGAAACAAAGAAUGAAAACAUUUGAUGGUGAUUUGGAUGGGUCAUUAACCUAAGAAGAGUUUAGGCAAUUUCUAGCCUCCCUAAAACUCAGUUAAUAAGAUAUCCAUUCUUUAUGUAGAAUUGGAGGCUUUUUGGGACAGAAGAAAUUGAUUGGGAUUGAGGAGUGGGCUUAAAUAUUGUAGGAUAGACCAAAAUAAAGGGAAUAGUUUGAAUAGGCCUUGUUUUGUAAAUUACUGGAUGCCAUUAAAUCUAGAAACCUCACAGUUGAGAAGAUGUUUGAACUGAUAGAUACUGACGGAUCAGGAUCUCUGAGUCCUGCAGAACUUAAGCAAGGACUCAAGUCUUUGAAAAUCAUAUUGAAUUAGAAGGAUUUAAAUAACAUGUUUGCUAUAUUCGACUCAGAUAAGAGUGGCUCAGUUUCAUUGGAAGAAAUGAGAGAAACUCUGAAUAAUUAUCAGAAGUUGAGAGAGGAGUAAGGUGAGGGAGAAAUAGUAGUUGAUGAACAGGACAGAAUCUAAGCUUAGGAUGAGGAUAAUCCGUAUGAGGAAAUAGAGGCUACAUAAACAGAAUUGCAAUAAGAAAUUAAAGAGUGGAACAUUGACACCAAAGAUUUUACAAAGAUAACAGGAUUUUUAAAAGUGUAAUUGAUUAAUGGGUCUUAAAUCAAUUCAAAAUCAUUGUGUUGUCAUAUUAUAUUAAAGGGAGGAAACGUUAUGGAAAAAUCAGUGAUUCUUUUCGAUCAGAGUGAAUUUAAGUAGGCUUUCAUCUUUCCUAUAGGGUAAGCGUUGAAGGAGAAUCUAUGCGAAUAUGUUUGGAUUAGGUUAUACCGAAAUGCUGUUGAGGAGGACAAUUUUGUGGGAGAUGUCAAGAUCAUGUGGAAGCAGACCAUUGAUAAGCCAAAUCAAUGGGUAAUCAAUAACAAGUUCUAACUUCAGAACACUACUUACAUUAAGGAGCAAAGCAAAAUGUUUAAGCCUCAAGGGUUUGUUAAUAUUGCAAUUAAGUUUGUCCCUGGUGAAGGAGUGGAAAUCAAGAGACCUGUAGUUGGAAAUAAAAUAACAGCAACGAUAGUAGAGGACGGUGUUUUAGAAGUGAUACCAAUCUAGUGUAUUUUGAAGUAGGAUUUAAAGUAAUUGAAGGAGCCCAAAUUCUUCAUGCAUCUAAAAUUCAUGUCGAUUGACAAGAAGGCGUAGGCUUAAUUGACAGCAUCAAACGAUCUGUAUUGGGAAGGUAAAUACUUGCAAGACUUGAAAUGCAUAGCAAAUGCCCCUAUAGAUUCAGUUUAUGUGAAGGUCUAUGUGGAGACUCCUAAAAAUCUGUUAUAAACAAAUACUCAAAUCCUUGGAGAGUUUUAUAUAGAUUGGAGUGAAUGUCUGCUGAAUCCAGGAGAAUUCCUAUCAGAAAAGAGUUACUCGCUUUAGGAGAAUACCAAGGUCUAUUUAAAGAUUAGGUACAUCCCACAAUCGAUGUUUUAACAGAUAGUGGGAUUCCGAGAGGGAGUGUCUAAGGAGGAGAAGAAGAAAUAGUUGACUCUGGAUGACAUGAUUGAAGGAACUCUAAAGAUUCUCUUUGUAAGAGGUAAGAAUUUGAGAGCAGAUGAUGGGGACACAUCUGAUCCAUAUUGCAUUGCUAAAAUAAAGUCAUUUGACAAAGAGAUCAAGAUACAAUCGAAGACUGUGAAGUGUAGUUUGAAUCCAGAAUGGAGAGAUUUGUAAUCGAUAAAGGUAUUGAUGCCAAAGGAAGCACCGUAUCCUCCACUUGAAUUCCAAUUAUUUGAUGAAGAUGUUCUGGGUGAUGAUGAGUUAGGUAUAUGUAAAGUGGAUUUGGCUCCUUGUAUUGAAUAGCCAUGUAAGUGGUCUAUAAAUGAUUAUUUUGACGUUAUUGAUCCGAAGGCGAAACAACCAGCUUAAAUUUACAUCUAAUGCUAUUGGGUUCCAAAGGGCAUGAAGGAUCCCAACUUAAAAGCAAAAGAUAAAUUUGAUUCCAGUGGUUGUGCUGAUCCAGAUCCAAAUUUCAUAGAUGGAGAACUAGUAAUCAAAGUUGUGCAUGCCAGAGAAUUGAAGGCAGAUUCCCCAGACCCAUAUGUUAUUGUUAAUUUCCCAGGAGGCAUGGAAUUGAAAACAGAAACGAUCUCGUCUUCCAUAAAUCCUAUUUUCAAUUAGAUCUUGAGAAAUCAAUUCAAAGUAAAGAAGGAGACGGGGAAGACACCUUUGAAAGUAUUGGUCAAGGAUUCCAACAUCUUGAGUGAUGAUUUAAUUGGAUAUGUAGACAUGUAAUGGGAGGAGUGUGUGUCUCAUCCUGGAGAAUGGGCUAUCAAUUAAGUGUACAAUCUAAGUGCUGCUGCAAACAGUAAGAACUUUGGGUCGAUUGGUUUCCUGUAUAUUCAGGCCAAAUUUAUUGAAAGAGGAAUGAUUGAUGACUAAGCAGAGGCACCAUUGACUGAGAAUCUAUUUGAAAUAAUAAAUUCGAAAUAAGGAAUUUAUUCUGGUUCAUUAAGAAUAUUCUUGGUACAUGCAAGAGGAUUGGUCGUGGCUGAUAGCAAAGCAAGUGAUCCAUACGUAGUGUUCAAAGUCCCAGGAGGCAAGAAGGUAGAAACUUUGUCUAAACCUGAUACCAUCAAUCCUUCUUGGAAAACUAUUUUUAAUAUAAAUGUGUCUAUGCCGAAAGAUACGAUUCAGCCUCUAAGAGUAGAAGUGUUUGAUGAUGAUUUGGUCAAUGACGAAUUGAUGGGAUAUUGCACCAUUGAUUUGUUGGAUACUUUCAACAAUCCUCAAGUGUGGAAGUUCAACGAAGUAGUGGACUUGCAAGGGGAUCAGAAGAUGCAAAAGAAGUACAAGACCAAAGAAUUCGGCAAGAUCUAUUUAUAAAUUAUGUACUGUUUGUAGGGGAUUCAAAAUAAUGAUCCUCCCUUGCCUUUAACAGAGGAUUUGGAUUUCAUAUUGAGAGAGCAACAACAGGAAAACAAAAGGCCCAUGAAGGGCAAAUUAUUUAUCAAUAUCCCUGUGGCUUUGGGAUUGAAACCAGAUGACGGAGUCACUGCAGAUCCGUAUUGCAAGUUGACCUUCCCAGAUACUCACAAUGUGAAGAGCAAACAAAUUGAUAAGACCAUCAAUCCAAUAUUCAAUUUUCAAUAUCAAUGGAAUUGCAAUCUAAUCAAAGAACAAUACAAACCAAUAUUUUUGUAAAUCUAUGACUCAGAUGCUCUAAGUGAUGAUUUACUGGGAGAAGUGGAAAUCGAAUGGAUGGAGUGUUUCAAUAACCCCUCUUAAUGGAUGAUUAACAAGCAGUAUCAAUUGUCAGAGGGCAAAGUUUAUGUUCAAUGUAAGUUCUUACUUCCAGGGCAGGAGACUACUCCUGAAGGCAUCAGAGCAUGUGACACCGUUCAAGAAUUGAAGCAUGAUUAUGGCAGAGUCCUUGGCAAGAUAGAUGUGAAGAUUAUAUCUGCUUCCCAAUUGUAUAAUGCAGACAUCACAGGAAAAAGUGAUCCUUUUGUGGAAUGCGGAUUGAGUAGUGAAACUAAGAAAAUGCAGACUCCAAUUAAAGACAAUACAUUGGAUCCAAUUUGGGAUUUCCAAGGGAGUCUUGUGGUUGAAUUGUUGAGAUGCCAAGUCCAAAUGAACACCAUUAAUUUCAAUGUCUACGAUGAUGAUGAAGUUGGCAAAGAUUUCCUUGGAUAAUGUGAAGUUGAUUUGAUUGAUAUUCUGGAGAAGAAUCCAGGAUCAGUGAUGCUUCAAGAUCUGCCCUUGAAGGAUCCCAGCAAAAAAGGAAAUCCAAAUUUGGGAUCUCUGAAAGUGUAAUUCGUUUGGAUUCCAGAUCCUUACAAUGAGGGCGUGGUGGGAUUAAGAAUACCCCCUAAGAUGUAUGAAGGUGAUCUAUGUAUCCGAUUCCCAAAUGCGAGAUAAUUACCCAAAGGGGAUCCCUAUGUCACUUUCUUCUUAACUGAAGACAUGGAGAAGAAUUACAAAUGUAAAAAUUUAGACAGCAAUUAAAAUCCAGAUUGGAAUUACGAAGAAAUUAUCAAACUGUCCAUUAGUGAAAGGUAAAUCUUGACUGAGAGAAUAAAGGCUACUGUUAAAAACUACAAUUCAGCAUGGAGUGACACUGUGUUUGGAGGCAUCACAGUAUUAUUACUUGACUUAUUCCGAAAGCCAGGUAUGUGGAUUAAUUAAUAUUAUUAACUUUAUGAUGGCGAUGGCAAAUUGAUUGAGUCUUAUGUGUAUUUCUAAGCCUAGUUCAGAACAGAAGAAGUACAGGAUAAAAAUCCACCUGCCCUCACAGACUUUACACAGUUUAUCAAUUAAGGUAAACCUCCUACUUUCAAUGGGAAAUUGAAAUUCACCUACAUCGGACUCAAAAAUUUAGAGAACCAAGAUAUCACUGGGUUGAGUGAUCCUUUUGUGGAAAUAAAGAUUUCAAAAGGAUCCACAACUGCCUUUAAGACCACGACUUAGGAUGACAAAUUAGAUUGCUUUUGGACUGACUGCGGAGAGUAUUUGUUCAAAGAAGUCACUCAAGAAGACCUAUCAUUAUUAAGACUGUACAUCAAUGUGUUUGAUUACGAUUACAACUCUAAUGAUCUACUUGGCAAAUGUGAACUCGAUCUAAGUAAAUUGAAGUCAGGACAAUGGGUGAAUUACCGCAUUCCACUUUUGAAUGAGAAGGACUUCCCAUAGAAAAGUGAAAUUUAUCUACAAGCUCUAUUCACCAUUGAUGGAGAUGGAGCUGCCGUCUAAUAGUAGCCUAAGAAUUUAUACGAGGACAUUGCCAGGUAAUAGCAAGAAGAACAGGAGAGAAUAAAGAAAGAGAAGGAAGCUUUGGCAGCCGUACCUAAAAUGCCUGGAGCAUUGAGGGUCUUUGCUCCGUAUGCCAAAUAAUUGAUUAAAGCUGAUAUAAUGGGAAACAGCGACCCAUUUGUAGAGUUCAAAAUUUCCAAAGGUAGUAAACAAAUCAUUAAAAGUAAAACUAUUGAUGAUGAUCCUAAUCCCGUUUGGAACUUCAGUGGAGAAUUUGCUUUGGAUAUGCAAUCACAUGAAUACAAUGACAUCGCAAUUAUGUGCACUGUCUAUGAUUACGAUACCAUAGUUUCCAGUGACUUCCUUGGCUUCUUAGAACUAUCAUUGAAUGACAUCUUUGCUAAGCCAGGAACUUGGAUCAACGGUCUAUUCCAACUCAAAGAUGAACAUGGAAAUGCUGGCAAGAAUGGAUCAAUUUACUUAUAACUCUAGUGGGUACCCAAUUCCAUUAAGAACAACGUCUCUUUGGCUUAGCCCAAUUAGAUUUAACAGCAAGUUGCUCAGCCUGUGCCAGAACCACAGACUUAGAAACCCUAAUAAGGAAUUCUGCAUGUCAACCUCAUCAAAAUUGUUGGCUAUGACAAAAAGUCAUAAAUCAAAGUAUCUCAGGGCCAAAAAGCAUUCAAUAGCAACCUCGUGUAGGCAGAUGUUAAUUAUAACUUAAAGUGUUAAUUUGAAAAUCCAGAACCUCAAAUUACAAUCAAUUUGUUAGAUGAGAAAUAGCAGUAGAUAGCUGACACUGUUGUCAAUCUGUAAAGCAUUAUCUAAUAGCCAGGAACUUGGAUGAAUUCUUUUUACGGAUUCCAACACAGCAAUCUUCAACCUAACCUACAAUAAUUCUAUCUCCAAGCUCAAUUUAGGAUAAAUGAUUAGAAUGUUUAAGAUCCUCCUCUCCUUCCAGAUCCAGAAAUCAAAAUGCCUGUCAGUCAGUCACAAAUGAUUCAACCCUUAAAAGGCAAAUUAAAGGUUGCUGUUAUUAAGGCAGAAAAGAUUAAGUUGAUGGAUAACAAUAAGGCCUCGAAUGUAAAGGUCACUGUGAUAUUUAACGGAGAAGAAAAAUCAACUGCUGCUGUGAAGGGAGCAGCUCCGGAGUGGAAGAAGAUAUUGGAUCCCUACAAGCUUGACGCUCUAAAACCCUUACAAAUCAAUCUAUUCCAUGAUCCAGGCAUGUUUAGUCGUUGUGUACCAAUUGGGGAAGUGACUAUAUAGGAUUUAUCUGCUAUUUUCACAGCUCCAAAUACUUGGGCAAUAAAAAAUGAUUUUGUUUUGGGAGGAAAUGGAAAUGGAAUCAUAACUCUUUACAUUGGAUUCAUAGGUGAGAAGGAUAAGGAUGCCUUGACAAAAUUGCAAUGA